UUUUAAUCAGGCAAUGAAACGAACAGCUAUCAGGGAAAUUAGAGAAGACAGUGGCACAUUAUUAUUGUGAAGGUGCACAUUGGAGGAGGAAAACGCUACUAAGUUCUCAGCAUGAGCUGGUUAAUUAUUACAAAAUAAAAUAAAAUGUUAAUAUUUAGCCCGAGAGUGAGGAACCUUCUUGUCAGGCUGAGCGGCUUCUCUCGGCCUUUUUUCUACGCGACUUGGAAUAUGUCUUCUGACACUCACUGGCUCUCCCCGGCCGACCGAGAUCAGCAGGUGAUGGAGUUGAGGACCACAGGCUGGAUGGAGGUGGAGGACCGUGACGCCAUUUUUAAAGAGCUUCACUUUAAAAACUUUAACCAGGCGUUUGGCUUCAUGUCCCGCGUGGCGCUGCAGGCGGAGAAGUUGAACCAUCACCCCGAGUGGUUCAACGCUUACAACAAGGUCCAGAUCACGCUGACCACACACGACUGCGGCGGUCUGUCCAAGCGAGACAUCAAGAUGGCCAAAUUUAUUGACAAACUUUUACUUUCUGUUUAACUUUUAUUUCUCCCAAUAAAUACAAUUGCUCUUCAUCACAAUAAAUAUAUUUUUCUUCAUCACAAUAAACAUUUUUUGUAUGGA